CCCCCCACUUCUUCUUCCUCCCGGUCCCUCGCUAGGGUUUAUGCCCAGAGCUUCACUGUGCAUUUCUGAUCAGUAAAACUCCGAUCUCUGCGCAGCAAUGAGGUCUCUGCGAUUCGUCUACUCACAGUUGUCCCGUCUCCGCUGCAAAGCCAGCUGUCCUCUUCCUCCCCACUCCCCAAACGCCCUCUGCUCGGCCCGCCGGCUCGCUUCCGCGGCUCCUCAGCAGCAGGACUCGAAGCCCUCCGACCAAGUCUCUGCCAUUGUUGACGAGAUCUCCGGCCUGACACUUCUCGAGGUAUCCGACCUCACCGAGAUCCUCCGGAAGAAGCUCGAUAUCACCGAGAUGCCGGUUAUGGCGGUCAUGAUGCCGGGAAUGGGGUUCAGUGUCCGCGGCGCUGGGAAGGGCGGCGGAGCCGCCAAGGCUAAUGCUGAGGAUAAGGCCGAGAAGACCGCCUUCGAUCUGAAGCUCGAGGGGUUUGACGCGGCCGCGAAGAUCAAGGUGAUCAAGGAGGUGAGGACGUUCACUGACUUGGGGCUGAAGGAGGCAAAGGAUUUGGUCGAGAAGGCGCCGACUUUGUUGAAGAAGGGUGCCACGAAAGAGGAGGCUGAGAAGAUUGUCGCGAAGAUGAAGGAAAUUGGAGCUAAAGUGAUCAUGGAGUGAGUUUUGAUCGCAGGAAAAUGAGAAACUGUGGAAUGCCAAAAUUGUUUCUCACAGCGACAGUUCAUUGGCCGACCAUUGGAGUAACAGCGUGCAAAUUUUAUCACCAUAUGAAACAAUGGAGAGUGGUUUAGUGUUCCCAACAUUUUCGGUCAAGAGUUCUUUGCUUUUAAGCUAGAAAGUCACAUAAAACCGGCGGGUGGGUUCAAGUUUUCAAAUCUUUCCUCCCAACUUUUGUUUUCUGACUUCUUUGUACUACACAAAGCCUCAACUUAGUUUCAGAUGGAGUUUAGUUAUGGACUAGACACUGGCAUACAUUUCUAUUGCCUCCAUUUCUAUUGUAUACUGAACCAAAUAAAAUUCAAAUCCUCGACUAAUUGUUUAAGAGAAAGAGGAGGAAGGAUGAAGGAUAGCAAAGGGCACUCUUGCCUAGGUCUUGUCAGUGUUUCCAAGUGUUUUAACUGACAUAACUACAAAUUCAGAUUCGGAUUUUUCCAGAUGAUCA